AACCGUUAGUCAGUUGGCCGCGUUGAACGGAACAGUUGUUAUAUAGCUGACCUCGUCGCUUUUCGUACGGUUUUAGUACGAUGUUUGUUCGGGUUAGGUCAUCAGUUUUGGGGGAAUUCGCCUGACAAGCACGUACGACUUGGGUUAUCGGAUUCCCCAUUAGUGUUGUCAGCUUAAGAUUAAUAAAGUGUUAUCAAGCUAUAAAAGUGCUGAAAAUAGGAUAACAGUUGCAAUAAACCAUUAUAAACAAUUAAUAUGAAUAUUUAUUAAGUAUUAUAGCGACUAUUACUACUGUUUUUGGCAGAAAUGGGAGUAAUUUCUCUAAAGUCGGUCACCUAACUUUCGAUGUGCCUUAUUUUUUUUUUGUAAUGUUCAAUGUUUUGGACUAAAAAUUACAAAUACAAAUCAAAUAAUAGUAUAUACGGUUUCCCAGGAUAUGUACUUAAAUAUAUGAGUGUAUCUUGCGGAUUAAUUCUUCAAUAAUACAAAAAAAAACUUCAAAUUCAAAAUGAUUUUUUAUCUUCUCAAUCUCGCUUUUCCAUAUAAAAAAGAUUGAGCAUUAAGCCGACCUUUUAAAAUUUAUUAUUUUUUUUUUUUUUUAAACCAUUGCUAACUGCCGAAGAAUGCAUUAAACUCGAAAUAACGAAAUUAACUCUAAAGGUGCUUCCUUUAAAUCUUAACCUUUUAAAGUUUCGACCUUGAAAGCAUUGCUAAAAGUGUUGAAGAAACAAAAGAAAAACCAUAGAAAAACGUCAGAGUUAGCUAGAAGGCAUCUGAGUUGGCAACACAAUGGAGUGGACCUGGUUUAAGGACUGGUGGCGUCUCAAAAAGCUUCGAUCGCGUCAUCAGCGGCAUAAAAAAAAACUCGAAGCAGCCGCGGCAGCCGCUGGAGCUGCAGUAACCGCUGCAGCGGUUUUGCCCGGUUCGGAGUGUGUGGAAAGCGCCGGUUGCAAAGAUCCGCAUACCAAUCGUCGCCACAGUUUGGAUGCGGUACCAUCUGAUGGAUCAAUAGCUAGACGUCGGCGAGGUCGUGGUCGCGAUCGUUUGCGCCGCAAUCGCUUGCUGCAACGCCAGCAACGAAGUCAAAGUGCCGGAGUUCGCAGUCAACCGGGCUCGGAGAAUCCGAUUAAUAGAAACCAGGACGACGACGAUGGGGAGUACGGGCCAUUCAACGUCAGUGAUUACGAGGAUUACGGUCCGAAUCAUGGCAGCGACGAGGAUAGCGAUGACUUCUGCUUCUGCGAUGUCUGUAUGAAUGGCGACACGGACUUUGGGGACAGUAAUGACGGCAUGGACUCCGAUACGAGCACCUCGUCCAGCAACAGCAAGCAGGUGGUCGUCGGCAUCUGCGCGAUGGCCAAGAAGACACAGUCGAAGCCGAUGAAGGAGAUCCUCACGCGUCUCGGUGAAUUUGAGUUCAUCAAACUGGUGACAUUCGAGGAGAACGUGAUCCUGCGUGAACCAGUCCAAAAUUGGCCCACCUGCGACUGCCUGGUUUCGUUCCACUCGAAGGGCUUUCCGCUGGAGAAGGCCAUCGAGUAUGCCCAGCUACGGAAUCCCUUUGUGCUGAAUAACCUGCACAUGCAGUAUGAUAUUCAGGAUAGGAGAAGGGUAUACGCCAUUCUGGAGAAGGAGGGCAUCGAGAUACCGCGCUAUGCCGUCCUCGAUCGUGAUUCCCCUGAUCCCAAACAUCACGAGCUGAUUGAGUCCGAGGACCAUGUGGAGGUCAAUGGUAUCACCUUUAACAAGCCGUUCGUGGAGAAACCAGUUUCGGCAGAGGACCACAACAUAUAUAUUUACUACCCAACUUCGGCAGGCGGCGGAUCUCAACGACUUUUCCGGAAGAUCGGCAGCCGGAGCAGCGUGUAUUCCCCGGAGUCGAGGGUGCGCAAGACGGGAUCGUUCAUCUACGAGGACUUUAUGCCCACCGAUGUGUACUUUUCAGGCACGGACGUCAAGGUGUACACCGUGGGACCGGACUACGCCCACGCCGAGGCCCGCAAAAGUCCCGCUCUGGAUGGCAAAGUGGAGCGCGAUAGCGAGGGCAAAGAGAUACGCUACCCGGUGAUCCUCAAUCAUUCCGAGAAGCUCAUCUCACGGAAGGUAUGCCUGGCCUUCAAGCAAACCGUCUGUGGGUUCGAUCUGCUGCGAGCCAACGGAAAGAGCUACGUCUGCGAUGUCAAUGGGUUCAGCUUUGUGAAGAACUCGAACAAGUACUAUGAUGACUGCGCCAAGAUACUGGGCAACAUGAUCCUCAGGGAGCUAACGCCCACGCUGCACAUCCCCUGGUCGGUGCCCUUUCAGCUGGAUGAUCCACCCAUUGUGCCCACCACCUUCGGCAAGAUGAUGGAAUUGCGCUGCGUGGUGGCCGUAAUCCGCCAUGGCGAUCGCACGCCCAAGCAAAAGAUGAAGGUAGAGGUGCGGCACCCCAAAUUCUUUGAGAUAUUCGAGAAAUACGAUGGCUACAAGCUGGGCCACGUCAAGCUCAAGCGGCCCAAGCAACUGCAGGAGAUCCUGGACAUCGCCCGCUUCCUGCUCAGCGAGAUCCACACCAAGGCCCAUGCCGAGAUCGAAGAGAAGGAGAGCAAGCUAGAGCAGCUGAAGAACGUUCUGGAGAUGUACGGCCACUUCUCGGGCAUAAAUCGCAAGGUUCAGAUGAAGUACCAACCGAAGGGUCGUCCUCGCGGUUCCAGCUCCGAUGAUACCAAUCUAGCAGCGGAUCAGCCCGUGGAGCCAUCGCUAGUUCUCAUCCUCAAGUGGGGCGGCGAACUUACCCCAGCCGGUCGCAUACAGGCGGAGGAACUGGGCCGCAUUUUUCGGUGCAUGUAUCCAGGUGGACAGGGAAGAUCGGAUUACUCUGGCACCCAGGGCUUGGGCCUGCUCAGAUUACAUUCGACGUUCCGACACGACCUGAAGAUUUACGCCUCGGAUGAGGGACGUGUCCAGAUGACGGCGGCUGCCUUUGCAAAGGGUUUGCUGGCCCUGGAAGGCGAACUCACACCCAUUCUCGUACAGAUGGUGAAGAGUGCGAAUACGAAUGGACUGCUGGACAAUGAUUGUGACUCCAGCAAAUAUCAGAACCUGGCCAAAGGUCGCCUCCAUGAGUUAAUGCAAAAUGAUCGGGAGUUCUCCAAGGAGGACCGCGAGCUGAUCAAUCCAUGCAAUAGCAAAUCGAUCACCCAGGCGCUGGACUUUGUGAAGAAUCCGGUGGACUGCUGCCACCACGUGCACCAGCUCAUUCGCGAGCUCCUACACAUCAUCAGUAUCAAGAAGGACGAUCCGAAGACCAAGGAUGCGAUCUUGUAUCACGGCGAGACAUGGGACCUAAUGCGUUGUCGCUGGGAGAAAAUCGAGAAGGAUUUUAGUACCAAGUCCAAGCUGUUUGAUAUUUCAAAGAUACCGGAUAUCUACGAUUGCAUCAAGUACGAUCUGCAGCACAAUCAACAUACUUUGCAGUAUGAUCAGGCGGAGGAGUUGUAUAUCUACGCGAAAAACCUGGCCGAUAUAGUUAUACCGCAGGAGUAUGGAUUGACGCCGCAGGAGAAACUGGCCAUUGGCCAGGGAAUUUGCUCACCAUUGCUAAGGAAGAUCAAGGGUGAUCUGCAGCGGAAUAUAGACGAGGUGGAGGAUGAGUUCAUGAAUCGUUUGAAUCCACACUAUAGCCAUGGUGUGGCCAGUCCUCAGAGGCAUGUCCGUACAAGGCUCUAUUUCACCAGCGAAUCGCACGUCCAUUCGCUGCUCACAGUCCUGCGCUAUGGGGGACUACUCAAUGUGGUCACGGAUGAGCAGUGGCGUCGGGCUAUGGACUAUAUUUCGAUGGUAUCAGAGCUCAACUAUAUGUCCCAGAUCGUCAUAAUGCUGUACGAGGACCCCACCAAGGAUCCCACCUCCGAGGAACGUUUCCACGUCGAGCUGCACUUCAGUCCGGGCGUAAAUUGUUGUGUGCAGAAGAAUCUGCCGCCGGGUCCGGGCUUCAGGCCCCAUUCGCACGGCGACAAUGCCUGUAAUGUGAGUUUGCAGUCCUCGGAUGAGUCAAAUCCCGCCAGGAUUGAGGAGGAGAACGACUCGAAUUCAGGAGAGGAGCGCGAGGGCAAGAAGCGAGCGUCCACCGGGCAAAGGAGUUCGGAUCGCAGCGCGGAACGCACAUCCCCCGCCUUUGGAUUCAACAGGUUGGAGCUGAGAUCCAAGCAGUUCAAAUCGAAGCCCAUCCCCAUCGGAGCCCAUCACACGGUCAGUGGCCAUGAGGCAAUGGAUCUGGCCAAGCGGCUGAACGAGGAGCUGGCCUCACAGCAGCAGCAGCAGCAGAACCAGCAGCUCCGGCCCAUCAGUCCGGAUAUGCGGGCAGUGAGCCCUGACUGCGAGCCGCGUUCCCGGAGCUUCGAGCAGCGUCCCUCCUCCGGCGUCUGUGCCAAGGAGCCGGCUGAUUCUUCCGAUUUGAAGGAGAUUGCCGAGGCUCUUACUUCUGAAUUUGAGGAUAUUGCCCAGUCUCGUACUUCAGACUUUGCCGAAAUAACACAUGCCCGAGUGGGCGUGGCCAACAACUUGGAUGGCGGAGCUCAUCCAAAGGCUGGAAAUCGCACGGCUUUUCAGAUUCGGGUUACGAACAGUUUAUCCUUCUUUAAAAUUGACUCAUCGACGAACGAACUGCCGCUGUCGGACAUUGAUUUCUCGCUGAACCCAGCGACGCCCCAAUGCGGUCCAAUGUCGCACAAACGUCUCCAUGUGCUGACCAUGCGGCGCAUGGAGAGCUGUGACGAGGGCGAUGAUCUUGAGCAGCUGCGGCACCUGCCGCAGAUUUCGCCAAUGGCCACCAAUGAGCGACCCCUAAGCUCUUGCAAUUGCAGCAGCUCGACGGUUCAGGCGCACUCGCACUCCAAAAGUCUGAUGGAUUUGGGACAGGCGAUUGGUGCGUCGUCUCCUCCAGAAGCUGGGCAGGAUUCGGAGACAGGCGGCGAGCCGUCGACGGCGGCGGAGGUGAGUGCCAGCAGUUUCGAUGAUGACUUCCAGUUGUCCAGCUCGGCACCGGCCAUCCUGAUGAGCUCUCACUUUGGUCAAAGGCCUUUGGUAGCUGCUCUUUCGCCCAUGACGCAUGCCACCACCUCGCCCACAGCCUCGACUUUACGUCUCUGCCAGGAUAUGGACAAGGCUUCGGCCUCGGCCUCAUCUUCUGCUCAGCGCAAGGCCACCAGUAGCUCCUGUGGCCAGCUGUCCAUGCCGGCUUCGGCUCCUGUUUCGACGGAAAAUCCGUUUCGCUUCACCGUUUCAUCGGUGGGCUCGGCAGCGUCUAGCGCCUGUUUUGUAAGCUGCUUCGAGCCUAUCGAAGAGCAGGUCACUCCCACAAUGGAGGUCGAUCCAAAACCAUCGCAGCCACAGCCUCAAGUGGUCUAUAACCUGCCCACGUUGCUGAUUACUGGUGCAGCAAGUAACGUGGAAUUGACGAGCAUAAAGGACGACAAGAGAACGACUGUGACACCAACAGUUACAACCAUUUUUGCACCCGUAGAUGGGGAAAUAUCUAAAGACAUAGCUCUAUUAAAAGAAACAGAAUUAGAGACAGCAGAAGUUAAAACAACAGCUACAGCAACUAAAAUAGCAACAGAUAUAAGAACUGAUACAAAUAAACAUAUAACAAUAGAUUCAACAACGGUUACACCAACAGAUACAACAACGGUUACACAGGUAGUUAUAUCAACAGUUACAACAACCGAUACAACAGAUAUAGAAAAAUCAUCACCAACGGUUACACCAACAGUUACAACAACCGAUCUUACAAAAGGUAUACGAAAUGAUACACCAACUACGUCACGAACAGCCAUCCCUACAUCCCCACCAUUUACACCAUCCACCAUUACAACAACAACAGCAGCAGCAGCAGCUUUGUUUGAUAAUACAACAACAAUGUCUUCUAAUCAACCAUUUACUAACCAAUUCCAAUCGAUCGAUCCCACCGCAAACGACGCACCACACCAACAUCAUGAACAUCAACAUCAACAUCAAUACCAACAUCACCACCAUAACUCAACAACGAUCACCGAUCAACAACAACAACAAAUAUCAUGCACCUUCAAUAAUACACUGAACGAAAACACCACCACCGCCACAAAUACAAAUACAAACACCACUACCACGACCCCGUCUUGUUGUACCACUACCAUCGCCACAGAUAGCCAAGUCUCGGUGUCGGUUUCGGCCUCGGUGUCAUCGGCCAACUCGUCCACGUCGUCGCGUCGCCAAAGACACAGUAUUGCCGGCCAGAUGUCCUAUAUGAAAAUGUUGGGUUUCGGUGGUUUUAGCAAAAAGAUGGCCACCAGCGCAAAUAGCCUUUUCAGCACCGCCGUCAUCAGCGGCAGCUCGUCCGCCCCCAAUCUUCGCGACAUGAUACCGGUCUCGUCAUCCGGAUUUGGCGAUGUGCCACCAAUCCGACCACUUGAGACGCUGCACAAUGCCCUGUCGCUGCGCAAGCUGGACAGUUUCCUGCAAGACAUGAUCCUGGCGCAGAUCUUCAAGACGCCGACGGGAUCACCGCCGCGUGGCUUUGCCAAGAGUACCUUGCCAGCGGUCUCCUCGAUGGCGCUGACCGCCACCAAUCAGCCGGAGACGGCCAUGCCCAAGCCCGUAACGCCGACCUUUGACCGCCGUGGCAGCGAGUCCGGAUCCACGACCGAUGCCCAGCCGCAGAUCCUGCCGGAGAGCCAGUGUCCCGUACUCGACGACUGCAACUCCGUGCUGCCGCAAUCGCUGGCGGGAAAGUUGCAGCUUUGGCCGCAAGAUAGUCUCCAGGCAGCCGAGGAGGAGGACGUAUCCUUACCAGAGUUGGAAAUGAAGCCAAGCUUGGACCUUACAAUGGAGAUUAUGGAGCAGGGCACGUCGGCAGCUUCCGCCUCCUUUGAGCCAAUGAACAGGGACAGUCUGGAAUCCGGAGAGGGAGCCGUGGGCGGUGGAAUCUUUCUAAACGUUUGCGAGGAGCAGGGCAGCGGCAGCACCUGCCUCACUCCAGUCAGCUUCGGCAUGGAUCUGGACCUCAGCAUGGUGGCCAACAAGGGCUCAAUGACGCUGUCUAUGGAUGGAUUUGAGGAUGAUGAGGAUGCCACUUUGUCGGCGGCCACCACACCUUCUCUGCCGGCCGAUUGUGAGCCGCGACUGGAGACCUGCUACUGCUGCCCCAGCCAUGCGGAGGGUCCUCCGGAAGUUUCCAGCGAUGAUCCGCGCUUUGGCUUUGCCCUGCCCGUUCGCGUCACCCAGGCCUCGCCGGAGCACGUGCGUCCCGUGCGCCGUGCCCAUGACCCGGUCUCGCCCAGGAUCCAAAAACAGAUCAGCCUGUUCGAGGGCAAUGCCGCUCAAGCAGCGGGUCAGGAAAAGUGCGAGUCAAGCGGAUCGGUUGGGGGCGCUGCAAUCCUUCAUGCCUCCAUCAAUUUACCGGCGGCGGGGCCACAACAUCUACGCCAGGAUGCACGUCUACGCAAAUUCGAGAACCUCACGCAGUCCACCUCGAACUCGAACUUUCCCUUCGAGAGCAACACACUCAAGCGGGUCCCCAUGCAGACAGCCGAUGACUAUGCCAACGUUAGCCACACCCAGAGCUGCAUAAACCUCAAAAGCGGCAGCAGCGGAGUACUCGGAGGAUCGCCGCAGCAUCAAAGAGGAGGAUCCGGUGGAGCAGGUGUAAGUGGAGUCCCGGCGGAGCGGGAGCCACUGCGAGCCCACUACGGACGGAUGAUCAAUGCCUGCUGUUCCGCCUCGGCCUCGCCGUCCCCCUCACCAUCCCCCUCGCCGGGGGCCCUGAUUGUCAAGGAGCGGUUCAUCGAACCGCCGAAGCGGGGCGUCGUCCGCGGAUACCAUGGCAAAACGCAGUCCAUGGACGCCGACUUCCUGUUCAACGAGUUUCUUCUGCUGCCGGCCAUGGCGCCUGCCAAGCUAUCGUUCGAUAUUAGCGAUAUCGAUCGAGCCAGCGAUGACGAGGCCCCUAGCACCUCGAAACAGAGGCACUCUUAACUUCCAAUUCAACUAAAAAUCUUCAAAGCACUCGCAUUCUUAAGCCACGCCAACCAAACUCGUAUAAGAUAUCGUUAUUGCGGGCCUUAUCGUAAAAAUCGUAAUCGCUAUCGUUAUCGCGAGAGCUAUCGCAUAUAUCGACUUGCUAUCGGACUCUUUAAUCUUAAUCAAACUGUUUGUUGUUGUUGGGCCAAGAAAUUACAAAUAAAAGGCUAAUCUCUAUUUUUUGUCCAAAA